AGAUUUGACGGAGGGACACUCCUGUACAUGGACCAUCACUGCGCUGCAAUCCGCCGCCUGCUCACACACACACGCAUGUAGUGCCUCGCUGAAAUCUGGACGUACUCGGUGGAGAACACGCGCAUGUGAAUAUUUCAUUUUUGCAUGUCAGGAGAGGAGGAACUAGUCGCCGGGUCCGCGGCUGUGCGUCUCUUCUUAUCGCCUCUCCCCCCCCCCCCCCGUAUGUCACUAAUUAAUCGGAGGCAUGUGGAAUCGCACCAGGAUUAGGAAUUGCUUCCCAAUAGUGUGCCUGCUGUUGACGUUAUGGACGGAGGUGUCCGAGUCAACCGGCUAUUUCGAGCUGCAGCUGAUCAGCGUGGCGAAUGUAAACGGCGAGUUGGCGGACGGGGAGUGCUGCGACGGCACCAGGAGCUCCCCGGGCCUGCGCUGCGCUCGAGACGAGUGCGACACUUACUUCCAGAUCUGCCUGAAAGAGUUCCAGAUGGUGGUCAACACCGGCGGCUCCUGCACGUUCGGAGCGGGAUCUACGCAAGUUCUCGGUGGAAAUACGUUUUCUAUUCGGAGCGCAAAGAACAACCCCAAUAAAAUCGACGAUGCUGGCAAGAUUGUGAUCCCGUUCCAGUUUGCAUGGCCGCGGAUGUACACGCUGAUUGUCGAGGCCUGGGACUGGGACAACACGACACGCAACAUUGAGGAGGAGCUGCUGAUCGAACGCAGCGUUCACACAGGGAUGAUCAACCCCGGCGACCAAUGGCAGACCAUCCUGCACGAUGGGCCAGUGGCUCGCCUCGUCUAUCGCAUCCGGGUGCGGUGCAAUAACAACUACUAUAGCAAUAAGUGCAAUAAGCUGUGUGUUCCUCGGGACGACUACUUUGGCCACUAUCGCUGCGAGCCUUCGGGGGCCCAGGUGUGCCUGGACGGCUGGAUGGGCUCCGACUGCACGACAGCGAUCUGCAAGCAAGGCUGCAACCUGCUACGCGGCGGCUGCUCGGUCCCAGGGGAAUGCAAGUGUAACUACGGCUGGCAGGGCCACUUCUGUGACGAGUGCGUGCUUUACCCCGGGUGCGUCCACGGGACCUGCAACAUCCAGUGGCAGUGCAACUGCGAGAGGAACUGGGGCGGCCUGCUGUGCGAUAAAGAUCUGAAUUACUGUGGCCGCCACAAGCCGUGUGUGAACGGAGGAACCUGCACGAACACUGAACCGGAUGAAUACCACUGCGCCUGUCCUCGGGGAUACUCGGGCAAGACCUGCCAGAUAGCCGAUCACGCCUGUGUUUCCGACCCGUGCGCCAACGGCGGCGCGUGCCACGAAGUUUCCACCGGGUUCGAGUGCCAGUGUCCGCCGGGCUGGGAGGGUCCGACCUGUGCCGACAAUUUGGACGAGUGUGCCUCCAGUCCAUGUGCUCAGGGGGGAACGUGUGUCGACCUGGAGGACGGCUUUGAGUGCGUUUGCCCUCCGCAGUGGAAGGGAAAGACCUGCCAGAUAGAUGCAAAUGAGUGUUCAGGAACGCCCUGUGCGAACGCUUACUCUUGCAAAAAUUUGAUUGGCGGAUAUCACUGCGACUGUUUUCGGGGAUGGUCCGGACAAAACUGUGACAUCAACAUUAACGGUUGCCAUGGUCAGUGCCGGAAUGGAGCAACAUGCAAGGAGAGCCCGAGGGGUCACCACUGCCAGUGUCCUUCAGGUUUUGUGGGCUCUCACUGUGAAAUCCAGAGGAACAGGUGUGACGGCAGACCGUGCCAGAACGGCGGCCAGUGCCACGCAGUGUUGGACGGCUUUGUGUGUCAAUGCCCGCCGCAGUUUGCCGGACAGCUGUGUGAGGUCGAUGGCUGGUCCCCCUCAGACGCUUGUGAUCCGAGCCCUUGUGAGAAUGGGGCGACGUGCCACAGCAUGGACCAGGACUUCUACUGCGCCUGUCCCGAAGGCUUCGAGGGGAAGACGUGCGAACGGCUCAAGGACGACUGCCGCACCGCCCCUUGUCAAGUGAUUGACAGCUGCACUGUUGCCGUAGCAACCAACGACUCCGCUGGUGUGCAGCACAUCUCCUCCAACGUGUGUGGUCCGCGAGGACGCUGCAUCAGCCAACCAGUGGGCAACUUCACCUGCGUGUGUGAUCCGGGCUUCAGUGGCAUCUACUGUCAUGAAAAUAUUAACGACUGCAUCAACAACCCCUGUGGAAACGGGGGGACCUGCAUUGAUGGAGUGAACUCCUUACAGUGCUUCUGUCCCGACGGCUGGGAGGGUCAACUGUGCGACCUCAAUGUCAACGAGUGCAGACACAACCCGUGUAAGAACGGCGGGAGCUGCGUCGACCUGGUGAACGACUUUUACUGCGAGUGUGCCGACAACUGGAAGGGCAAGACCUGUCAUUCCCGCGAAAGUCAGUGUGACGCAACCACUUGCAGUAACGGAGGCACCUGCUACGACCGCGGCGACGCUUUCCGCUGUGCCUGCCCACCCGGUUGGGGAGGAAAUGCGUGCAACACGGCCGGGAACAGCACAUGUGCCUCCAGUCCUUGUUCCAACGGUGGGACCUGUGUGGGAGGAGGAGACACGUUCACCUGCAUCUGCAAAGAGGGCUGGGAAGGCCCGGCCUGUGGCCAAAAUAUAAACGACUGCAACCCUCAUCCGUGUUACAAUGGCGGCAUCUGUGUGGACGGAGUCAACUGGUUUCGGUGCGAGUGCGCUCCCGGGUUCGCCGGACCAGACUGCCGAAUCAACAUAAACGAGUGCCAGUCUUCACCUUGUGCCUACGGUGCCACCUGUGUGGACGAGAUCAACGGUUUCCGUUGCAUCUGUCCGCUUGGUAGAACCGGAACCCGAUGCCAGGAAUUUAUAGGUAUUGGGAGGACUUGCCACUAUGCUGGGCUGCAGUUUCCCCAUGGCAGCAACUGGGAGGAAGAGUGCAACAGCUGCCAUUGCAUGAACGGAAAAGUGGACUGUACAAAGGUGCUGUGUGGUCGCCGUCCCUGCCGGCUCCAGUCCUCAGACCAGGACCAGAAACAUCACUCCUGCCCCACUGGACAAGAGUGUCUGGAGCACAGCUACCUGACGUGCUUCUCACCCCCCUGCCAACAGUGGGGGGUUUGUUCCACGGCUGGAUUCUCACCUCCACUCGCAACCACCAUGUGCCAGCCAAACUCCGGGCAUUUGGACAACAGCUGUGGCCGCGUAACACUCAUCUUCAACAGAGAUAAAGUCCCACCAGGAACAACGGUGGAGAACAUCUGCUAUGAGCUGAGGUAUCUUCCCGACACCCGAAGCUUGGCGAAAGACCACGCCCUGCUGCUUUUGUGUGACCGCUCUCGUUCCAAUCAGGAUGCUGUGGAGGUGGCGAUAUCUUUCCAGCCGGAGGAUCUCCCAGACCACAGUCUGAUCCAGCAGGCAGCCAGGGCGAUAGUGGGCACCUUGUCCAAGCGGCACAACAGUACCGUGAUGCUGGCAGUCAUUGAGGUCAAAGUGGAAACGCAGAUCAUGCCCCCCUCAAUAGCAGAUUACCAGGUGCCUCUCCUAUGUGUGGUGUUCUGCUUGCUCUGCCUGUUCUGCAUUAUCGUAUGUGUUUGGUGGACACGAAAACGGCGAAAAGGGCAGGAGAGGAACCCGCGACCGGCCGCAGGCGACAACGUGAACAACCAGUGGCAGCCACUCAGGCUCGUCGUGGGCCGUCAGCAGCAGCAGCAGAAGGAAAGCAACAGGGAUGCCGAGCAGGAGCGCAAAAAGCUCAUGGGCCCGCCCUAUCGGACGUGUGGCGAGGGGGAGGAGGAGGAGACGGAAGGCGAAUUUGAGCUCGAGGAGGAGUGUGGUGGCGCAGAGGCGGGAAAGCAGCCAGUUUAUAAGUACUCCAAAACUGCAGUGCAGUCCAGUGGAGUAGUGAUCUGUACCAUGCACAGUUCCAGUUCACCCCACAAAGCACCCCACCGGACCCCAGGCUACAGCCCCAAAGACAACUGCUGGAAAAAUGUCAAUGCCGUCUUGACUGGUCAAAAAGACCUCGGAGACCAUUGUGUAUAAGACAUUUAAACAUAGGACUCACAAUGUGAAAGUGAGAGAAUCUGCCAGGCAGCAACUAUUCAUAUUUUUUGACUACUUUUGGGAAGAAAAAAAGGCUUUGUGUUUAAUAAGCCGUUCUUUGCUUUGUUUUCACUUGUUCCACUGUCCCCUGGAAAGCCUUUUGACUCGGGAGGCUCGAGCACAGUGAACUUCCUUUUUUUUGCUUCUGUGUUCACUUAUUUUUCUUUAAUUAUGUACAGAAGGGGCUGAAAUGUAACAAUUCUUCAAGACACUAAAGAAGCUCUCUGCAAUUUUUGUUUAUGGCAUUUGUACCAUUUAAGAAACGAUGAAUCAUCGAAAAGGAGAAGAGAAAAAAAAAACCUGUAUAAAGAUUGUUUUUGUUUUUGUUUUGGAUUACAGAUGUUUAUGGGGCUCCAGUUCAAUGUCUGGGGUGGGCAGGAGGGUUUUGAGGGACAUGGACUCCUGUUGCAGCCACAGCAACAGAGGAAGCCCUCCCUUUGCUCUGUCUCUUUCCAGCUUUGCCCACCAAUCCACCUGUGGCCGUCUUACGCCAGCCUUACCAAAACACUUGGCCUGGAGGGGAGAGGGGACAGAAACCCCAGUGCCUACUAUGUGGCCUUCCAUGUUCUUCACCUGUCUCUCAGUUGUCUUGACUGAAAGCUCUGUUUGAGGAUUUUUUGCAGUAUUUGAGUUGGUAGCAAGUGCCUUUUCUAAGGGCCGCGUCGAGGCUCCAAGUCGCGCUGCCCAGUUUGACCUCGUUCUCAAAUCUCAAAGGGAAGUGUACAUCUAGAGUUCAAUUUCACAGCAACGCCAUUCAAGGUAUUUGAUCAAAACAGAAAUGAAUACUCUGUACAUAUGUGUAAAUACUAAAGGAGUCGCUGUGUAUAUUUGAAAUAAGUAACUUAAAGACAAGUCACACAUUUUUAUUAUUAUUAUUAUCAUGAAUAAUAUUAUUUUUAUUUUUUUUUACAACGCCAUUCCUUUUAUUUAUGCCAGUUGAAAUAGGCACGUUUUAUAACACUUCAUAUCCAGAGUCCCACAGUUAAGAACCUUUACAAUGAGGUACCACCUAUGAAGGCGUUUCUGAAGGGUUUAUAAAUGGUUAGUCAUGAGGACACGUUUCGUUUCCUUUUUUUGUGACGAGACGUCACACCAAGAGUUGUGGCUAUGUCUUUAGUGCUUUUUAGUUACGGCCAAACGGUGAAACUUUUCAACACUAGAACCUUACUAUGAAAUAACUGAACAAUUUUAAUGAUAAAACACUUUUUCCAGACUAUUCGUGCUCUAACACAACUAGACCUGGUCUCAGUCCUUUAUCAGCAUGGCAAAAGUAACUUAUAGAUCUUAGGCAUGCAUACAUGUAGGCUCUUUUUGGAUUAAAAUAGAUGGCAAAUCUUUUGCACAUGUUCUCUUUAGAAGCAAAACUGUAUUGAUAUUAGGAAGAUGUAUUAAUGAUUCAUCUGUGUUCUUAGAAUUUCCUAUUUCCAUUUGCAAAACAGAUUUUUAACACUGUCAUAUUUAAAUUAGAAGUCAGAUUGGUCAAACUGCUGCCGUCUACUUUGAUCCGAUCUGUAGCACUAGUCAUUUUUAACUAACUCUUUAUCACUGAUUUUGGUUGUUUAAUCAGGGUUAGUUUAAAAACAAGAUUCAGCAGUAGCGUUUGGCAGGCAGUAAUGCAAAGCUACCAACAUUACCAUAUAGCCUUAAAAAGUUCUCAAACCAUUUCUAAACCAUCACAAAUCCUUUGGUUUCAGGUGCCUUAUGUAUUGAGUAAUGUAUUAUUUGUGUAUCAAUGGUCAUCUUUUUAUGUUGGUUUGUUUUCACCAUUAAGGAAAGUAACUCUUUAAAACAUUUGUGUGGUGUAUAGUGGUGUUUUAUGCGCCUGAGUAAAGCGCUCUCCUUGUCUCUCUUUGUUGUCAUGGAGAUCGCUGGAAUAAAACACUCGGUCCACAUUUAUGACUCUUUUCAGUGUCAUGAAUGUGGAUGUCCGUCGGUCAAAUGUUGACAUCAUUCAUUAGCUUCAUGUUUGGUUUAAAGGCUUUAAUGAAGGGAACAAUAUUUGCAGAUGUCUUUGUUACCAUGCAGGUGUGUUUUUUUCCUUUUUUGUAUUGUUUUUUUUGUUUUUUUAAAGAUACCAACUAAGUUCAAAAUGACCGACUUUUUCAUAUCAUGUCACUGUCUCAAACCGGCAUCGUAUUUUCUGUAAAUGGGACACAGCAAAAUAAAGAAUUAAAGAUGCAUCACUGCUGGUGUUAAAAGCUGAAUAUGCAUAUUGUAUACAUCUUAUUCUUCAAGGGACAUACGUUAAUUUGAUACAACAGUUUGCAUUAUUUCAGUGGAUGUUCCAUUGUUCUACAAAAUCAUCCCAGUUAUUUAUUAAAGCAGUUUUGACACAUGUUGA